CAAGGCAUUAGCCGAGUAACAUAAAAUGCAAAGAAGAGUAAGUAUUUAGUAUUUCUCUUGAUAAAUAGAAAAGAACUCAGGAUAGCUCCCUCAAGUAAAAGGUAUUACACCAAAGGGGCGCUACACAAAGAUCGCUCCUCCUGCAACUGCCCCUAUGGUGCUGAAGAGACAGCUCCGCUUCGACACCACCAAUGUUUUGGACAGCCGGAAAGCACGUGGCGGCGGGGCGGGGCCGUCGACACACACAUGGAGAAUUCCACCAUCCAGCAGCCGAGGGGAGAGUAUAAAAGGGGCAAUACUCCGCUCGCAAGAGAGAGGAGGCUCUCAGUGUGUAUGCGCUAACCUUUGCUGUGUGUUUUACAGACAAUCCCGACACGAGCAAAGACUCCGCCCCUUGGCUGCACCCACGGGUUUGCCUGACGGCAGAACGGGAUCCCCGCUACUCAGGAAACCCCCAGUACGACCCCGGCAACCCCGCGGAUGACUAAACACUUCACCUCAUGCCCCCAACUUCUGCACACACGCGCACCCAUACCCCCUCACGGACUAUUUUGAACAAAGAUUUCUCCAUGAGUGACACUGAAACGGCCUCCUGUGUGUCUGUGCUCUGUCCCUCGCUGGCUAAAUUCCCUACAUUGGUGGAGGAUGCGGGCAUUAGCACAGACCCGCCCACAUAUUUUUUUUUUAAAAUAAAUAAAUAAAUAAAUAAAUGGAUUCCAUGCUGCAGCAACUACUGGAGGCCAGCCUCCAGCAGCAGACGAUAAUGCAGCAGCUCGCCCAGAGCCUACAGGUCACAACCCGGGAGCUGCUGGUCCUGAAAGCAACGACCCCUGUGGCUGCCCCGCCUCACCCUGAUCCCAGCCAAGAAGCCCGGCUCCUUCUCCCCCACUUGACCCCAGAGGAUGACAUUGAGGACUACCUGGAAGCCUUCAAACGAGUCGCCCACGAGAGAACUGAAGCACUGAAGAGUGGCCACACAUCCUCGGCUUGCUGCUCUCUGGAGAGGCGCACACAGCAUAUUGUGCCCUCGCUCCAGAGGACGCAGGCGACUACAGAGCAGUAAAAAGAGAGAGAUCCUGGCAUGGUGUGGGCGGAACCCCUUCCAGGCGGCAGCGGAGUUCCACUGUUGGAGCUACAGGCCGGGAGCCAAGCCACGGGGACAGAUGGACACCCUCCUCACCAAGAGGUGGCUCCAGCCAGACCUGUACACUGCCACCGAGGUUGUAGAAAGGGUGGCCAUGGACUGGUUCCUGAGGACUCUGCUGCCCACAGAAUGCCAGGCCGUGGGAAUGCAAGCUCUAGGGACACCCAAGGAACUACUGACCGCCCUGGAAUGCACCCUGACCACCUGGCGCUCGGCACGGAUGGACAGCACCACCAAAGACACCCAGACUACGGGACACCCAAGGACGGGCCCAUGCCGAUAGAGCCGGACCAGUGGACGCCGAAGAAGAUCCAGAAAUUCUGGCCGGCAGGGUGUGUCCUCCCCUAUGCUGGACCUAGUGCGGCAGGCCUACAUGGCCCGAGGUGAGGAGGAUGCUGGGACAGAAGGUGAGCUGCACACACACCCUAACCCAAUCUCAUCUGUGUUUCAGCAGGUAAACCAGCAGGGGAACUUUGGCCGAGAGCAGAAAGAGGACAGCUGCCUUUUUUGGCAGUAUUGUUGGGCCCAGGUACGUCAGAUCGAGUGGGUCGACCAGAGCCUGAACCAGAGACUCCCCUCCUACUACUUUCUGGUCAAGGGAGGCCUAAUGUACCACCGGACCAACCACAGAGGGGAAAACGUGGACCUCUUUGUCAUCCCCAAGGCCAGAAUGCAGACACUGAUGCACCUGGCCCAUGCCCAUCCUCUUGGGGGCCACCUGGGGGCAAGAAACACCCUGGAGAAGCUGAAGGACAGCUUUGUCUGGCCAGGCAUGGACGCAAGGGUCCGGGGCUUCUGCCAACAAUGCCCCCAGUGAUAAUGCACGGCCCCUGAGAAAGCCCCCGUCAGCGCCCCUCAUUCCGCUUCCCAUCAUAGGCGUCCCCUUCGAGAGGAUCGCAUGGACCUUGUCGGGCCGCUCCCAAAAUCCACUCAGAGUCAUGAGUACAUAUUGGUCAUCGUGCACUACACCACCAGGUACCCCGAGGCGGUACCACUACGUAAAACCACCUCCCGGAACAUCGCUAAGGAACCGGUGCUCCUGUUCAGCCAUGUGGGCAUCCCAAAAGACAUCCUGACAGACCAAGGUACCCCUUAUUUGUCAAAGCUAAUGUCUGAUCUGUGUCGGCUGUUGCAGGUGAAACACCUAAAGGCGUCCAUCUACCACCCACAAACAGACGGGCUGGUCGAACGGUUCAACCGGACCUUGACGCAGAUGUUGCGCUGGGUGGUAGAUGAGGAAGGGAAUAACUGGGACCUCCUCCUGCCGUACGUCCUCUUUGUCGUCCGGGAGUGCCCCCAAGCAUCCACUGGCUUCUCUUCGGACGGCCACCUCGAGGACUGCUGGACGUGGCGGGGAAGCAUGGGAAGAACAGCCCUUCCUGUUCCGCUCGGUCAUCAAGUAUGUACAGGAGAUGCAGAAGAAGAUUGACUGAGUGGCCCCGAUUGUCCAGGAACAUAUGAGAGCCGCCCAGGAGGAACAGAAAUGAGUGUACACCCGUUCAGUGCAACCCUGCGAGUCCCAACCUGGCGAUCGGGUACUCCUGCUAGUGCUAAACAUCUCCUGCAAGUUCCUAGCUCGGUGGCAGGGCCCAUAUACAGUCCUCGAGAAGAGAGGUGCUGUGAACUAUCGCCUACAGCAGCCCGCGGUGAACCGGAUAAGUGUGAUAUCUGGGGAAACACUCCUCUUCACCUGGCCGCAGCCAACGGCCACCUCGACUGCCUUUCCUUCCUCGUGUCAUUCGGUGCCAAUGUGUGGUGUUUAGACAAUGACUACCAUACGCCGCUGGACAUGGCCGCCAUGCGAGGACACAUGGACACCGUGCGGUAUCUGGACUCUGUCGCUGCCAAGCAGAGCACCCUCAACCCCAAGCUGGUGAGGAAGCUGAAGGAGCGAGCAUUCCAUAACGCAGAGCAACGCAUUAAACACUGCGCAGAACUGCAGCACGAAAACCAGCGGCGCAUGGAGAAAAAAUUCCUGAAAGAGACUGUGGAUUCGGGCGCAUCCGGGUCCGUGAGAUUCUCCGUGAGCUAUGGCCGCAAAAUCCCACAAUUCAACACUGUUAACUCCAGCAUCAGCUACACACAGGCCACGCUGAACUCCAAAGGUAGGACAAAGUUCCCAAAGUGUCUGAAGAAGAAGCAGGCUGAUGACACCUUUAAGAUCUCUGAAGAUGGAAGGAAAAGUGUGCGCUCCCUUUCUGGGCUUCAGCUGGGGAACGACGUGAUGUUCCUGAAGCAGCAGACGUACGCAAACCCUCGCCACCGACUCCACGUUCGCAACAUGUUCCCUCAAAACCCGAAUGAUUUAUGUGACGAUGACGAGGAUGAUGAUGUGGCCGUGGUUUCUCAUGCAGUGAGUGAUCCAGGUUUGUAUAAUGACCCGGGACAGCGCUCUCUAUUCUCCCGGCCUGGUCUCGGGACUCUUGUUUUCCGACGGAAUUACGGCAGUGAUGGAGUUCAGGAAGAUGAUUCGUACAGUGUUGAAGGUCAGGUGUCAUCAUGGAGAGAACAGAAUAUUCAUUUCAGAGAGGGCAUAUGUCUCGGACGUCCCAGCCUGGAUCAGGACACCAUCAGCAACAGACUCUUAAAGGCUUUUCUGUGGGAUUGCGAUGAUGGGAAUGAUGAUGAUGAUGAUGAUGAAGUAGAGUAUGAUGGUCUGCAGCAUUGCUCCUCUCCUCUGGAGGUGUUCUUGGUGUCCCAGGGUUUAGGUGAGUUCCUGUUCCUUUUCGUGAAGGAGCAAAUGGACCUGGAAGCUCUGAUGCUGUGCUCCGAGCCUAACUUGUGCAUCAUCAACGUUCCACUCGGACCCAGGAAGAAGCUUCUGGAAGCCUGCAGUCGGCGCAGACACACUCUGCAGCGAGCCAGGGCCAUGUGUGACACGCAGCUCUGAGUUUGUAUGCAAAGAUCAACCUGACGGGUGAAGAAACCAUCUGUGGAAAGUUCAAUUUAAAUCGUGCGCUUCUCUGAUAAAUAAGAGUCGUUGUGUUUACAUCGUUGUAGCUACAACUGAAGAAUCCGGAAGGUUCUUGGAUGUUGGAUGUCAGUGUAUAUACUGUAUGGUCAUGUAGUUUGGAGAUUAUUCCUUAAAAAAAAAUACUUACAGAAAGUCAU